CUUCCGCUAUUUCUCGGAAGUUCAAUGUAGUGGAAAAUAUGUGCUUGAUUAGCACGUUUUCACUGAAAGACAACAUGCAUUCUUCAUUCUCAGAAGAACACUGGUCUUUCUUGGUACAAAUGAAUACGUAGAGCCAAGCAAAAAGUAAGACUUCGUCUUCAAAUUAUGGGAGCCUUUCGACUUCUCUCUGCUAUCCAACGUUUGGUUGGAAGAAGGGAAGACGAAAGCCAAAACGUGUUUGAGUUUAAAUCUUUGGACAAAGGAGGAGUUCGACUAUUUUCGAGUGGCACAGUACUUGCAAUUUCCUACGAACCUGGAUUAACCUUUAAGGAUGUUUGUGAAAAUGCUGCAAGAGAAGUUGGCAUUUUACCGAUCAACUUCCCUUUCUUCUCAUUGGUUACUGUAAAUGGCGGUCACGUCAUGAACCUACAGAAAACAUUAACAGAAAAUGAAUGUAAUGAACACUAUGAAUUCAGACUAGUAUUCAAAGGUUGCCAUCCAUCAUGGUUUGCUGAUAAGAAUUGUUUUGAUGAAAAUGCUCUUGUAUAYUUGUUUCAUCAGUGCCGAYAUGACUUUUUGAAAGAUCCUACCAAGUUAGAAUUUACUUACAAUAGUGAGAAUGAUUCAGGAUUUAGCAAGAAGGACAUUGAUCAACAUUUUGUGAAAGCUGUCCUUUGUGAAAUUGUUUACCAAGCAAAACAAAAUGAUGUUAAGGCUUCACAUGUGUUGGACAAAGUGUAA